GGCUGCUGAUUAAAAAAAUCCCCUUAGGACCUCAGUUGCUGAACUCAAACAAGAGUGCUUUGACCCAAUUCAUCCAUCUCGGAGGACCAGAGGAGAGCAACAAGCCAACAACCAAUGUCAGAUCUACCGGACGAGCUAUGGCGGCGAAUCCUCGAAAUCGGCGUCCAAACCUGUGGUUUUACCUACAAAGACCUCUGCUGCCUCUCUAUCUCCUCCCGACGCCUCCACCGCCUCUCCGACGACGACGAACUCUGGUCCGUCCUUCUCUCCUCCAAUUUUUGUCUCAUCGAUCGCUCCGCUUCACCCUCACUCGCCUCCAAGUCGCUCUACAAGUUCAGAUUUGAGAGGGAAAAGGAGAAGAAGAUUGCUGCUCACCGGAGGGCGGUGCUGAGGAAGGAGAGUCAGAUUGCGGAACAUUCAAGAAAGAUUCGGGAAUUCGAGAAUAGCUUGGCGGUGGAGAGCGAUAAGAUGAGGGCAACUCUUGUGGAGUUAUCCAAUUUACGCAAAAUUAGGCAAGCUUCGGUGGCUUUGAAUGUCUGGCAGCCGGAGGUGGUCCGUGGAAAGAUUAAACAGGUAGUGGAACAGAAUGCUGUGCCUGUUGAGUCUCGGGUCCACGCCUUGGAGAUGGAGCUCAAGCUUUGCAAGCAGCAGAUUUCAGGUUUUGAAAAAGCCUAUAAGGACGAGAAACGGAGAUUUGAUGUGGCGAAAGAAGAGUUGAAAUCAAUGAGAUAUCAUCCUUUACGGCCUAAUGAAUCAAUGAGUAGUGUGAAAGAUGUAUGUGAGACUAAUAUCAGAGCAAAGAAGAUGAAAAGAUGCAGUAAGGAACCCUCUUGGCAAUUUGCUCCUUUUGCCUCUACCUUCCUUAGCCGAUAUAAGUUCUGCAAAAGAGGCAUUCAGACGCAGAAAGAGCCAAUCAGCCCUGCCGGUGAAGAUUUGCAGGAGGACUCUGUAAGCAUGAGACCGACUUCGGAUUCCUUUAAAGUUUCAACAUUACAAAACAAAGCCUUACGAGCAAGCUCAUGAGCCAAAACAUUAUCCGACCUGGGAAUCCAUUUGAAAACUAUCCUAGAAGGAUCCAUGAUUGCCGCAAUAGUAUGAAGGAAGGAGGAAGUCACUGUCCAGUCUGGAGGAUGCACUCUAGUCAACAAAGCCUCCAUGCACACUUUAGAAUCCCCUUCACUUUAGAAUGGAUAAGGAUGUAAUUUCUUUGUCCUAUAAUUAAUUAUCAUUUGGCUUAGCCCGUUUCUUAGCAUGAAAUUUCUCAAUAAAUUUAUCAUAUUUUCUUACAUA